CUGAAUAUAAUUAACAUUAAAACAAUUUGUAUGCACGUUGCAUCGUAUGAUAUAUAUAGAUCUACUCGGGGAAUCCAACAAAGAAGACAUGAUAUUUAACACAUGUGAUGUGGUUCUUUGCCAACGAUAUUGAUAUGUUCGCCAUUAGAUGGGGAUUAAGGAUCCAGUUUUACUUUGGCUUCUAGAAAAGCAGGUGUAUCGUCUUAUGAAAGCUGGAAAAUACUCGGGCAAACAGGGUUGUAACAGAGGUCGUCACACUCAGGAAAGAUCAAAAUGGAUUCAUCAGUCGCUGGAAGACAAUGUAGAGUACAUCAAGAACAUCAUGCUCCCCAUGCUGUCGGACGCCUUCGUGGUGAUCCCAAAAAUUAGGGAGAUACCUAAAGGUUUCACCGAGAGGAUUGAGGAAGAAAUCAAGCACAUUAGAACAGCACACAAGCGGGUACAGGAGGAUGAUUUUCGAACCGUGGACCCUGCGACAUGUUCAGCACUGGUGCUGCCAGACUUUUGCUAUGUCACCGACUUGUCAACAAACACUUGCAUAUCUUGUACAACAUCUGACGCAUUUCCCACCAUAAGUGUAGAAAUCAAGCCAAAGAAAGGUUUCAUCCCCCUGUCUGCCUUGAACAGUGAUUCUUCCACAGUGAAGGCUGGAGUCUGCAAAUUCUGCAUGCACCAGAGGUUAAAGGCCAAAGAGGGGCGCUGGACCAAAACCAGCCAUUAUUGUCCACUUGAUCUGUUCUCAGGGAACCGUGCUAGAAUGAGACAUGCCCUCCACAGUCUUUGUGUCACCCCUCAGAACAAUCUCAAAAUUUGUCAGAAUGGAAUAGAGUCCUACAGUGAAUUUUCUAAGGGUGACCUCGGAAAAAUUCUACAACAGUUUUUCGGUGAAUCGGUAAAUGGACUGAAGAAUGGAUUGAGGAAGCAACUGGAGGUCCAGACAUUCGUCGAUCUGAUCAUUGAUGCGUUGUUGUACGUGCCAAAAAGGUCGGAAUCUCACCGCUCAAGCCAAUCCGUCCUUAAGGCCAGCAAUCGACAGGCGAAGGACUCGCCGUGUCUGCCCCGCAAAAAGCCCACCUCUCCAGUACUCAGCCAGCAUUGCCUGAACAGUUCAUUUAAGGCAAACCUAAAUACAGGGUUAGAGCCAAGCAGUCUGCCCCGCAACUGUGUCCUGGACCGAAUACUCCACGUUCAGAUGUUAGAUCAGAUGGACAUUGAGGAGAUCCAUCCGUUGUAUGUCCGGAUAAAGGAGUACGUGUCCACUCACAUAGAGGAAAGUUCGCACUGGAAUCUGUAUGGCCCGUUCACGUCAGACACCUGGCUGACACCAUGUUUAGAGGAUCCACAAGGUCACAUGGACAAGGACGGUAUAGAGUACGCUGUCAGUCAGGUGAAACGACACAAUGUAUCUAAGACAGCUCAGGAUUGUUCUAUCAUGGUGGCUAUGCAACAAAUCUCCCCAAAUAUGACCAUUGAAAAUGAAGAUAUGGUUUUGACUGACAGUUGUGGAAGGAAGUAUCAGUUUUCUGUGGUGAUCAUUGACCUUGACCCUAAGCCUGUGGACAAGAUAAAAAAGUACCACCGCCAGCAGUCGGACAUCGUCCUAGCCUUCACGGAGGACCAGAUCGAUAUCACUGCAGAUCAGUGGGUCAUCAACAAUUAGACAAAAGUUACAGGGUCAAGGGCAUAAGAGGAUUUCAAGGUCGUUAUUUGGAAGUGGCAUUGUUGUAAAACAAAGUAUCUACUCAAACUAAGAUCAGGCAUUGUUAACUGAAUUUUAUGAUAGUGGUGUAUGAAGUAUUAUAUAUGUGUUUUAUUGCUAUUUUUUCAUUUUGCGUUUGUUUUGUUUGGUUACCAUGGCAACCCUUCUAAAGAUUUGUCGUGGCAGACCAGCAAAUUUCUAGUCAUCCCAUUGUUGAGUUGAGUUUGUUUUAUCUCCAAGAAAAAAAAAGGUGUUGUUGUCAUCUUUGUGAGGUUGUAUAUAGACGUGGGAGAUCUUCACUUGGACCUUAACUAUAGGGGUUGGUGACACAUCAUCUUUCUAGUAUCAGGGAAUAUUCUUUUAGAUUUCAGAAAUUAACUCCCUUUCCAGGGAUAAGCAUGAAAAACUAUAAAAGUUGAUGUGCACUUUUUUUUUAUCAUUUAUAAAUACUCAGUGACUGCAUAUCAGAAAUUUUCAAUUCAGUUCAAAAUAAUACCAAGUAAAUAUUUAUAUAUUUGAUGAACUAAGUACCUGUGAUCCUUGUUAUAGAACAUGAACAUAUUCUCUAUUCUUCUGGUUUGGUAUAUUAUGAACUUAAAUGGUGACAUCAUCGUAAUUACCAGGAACAGUUGUAUUAGAUUUUGAGUUGUAAGAAGCACCAUUUUUGAUUUUAAGGGUCCAGUAUGGCAUUCAAUGUGAGACGUACCGGUGGUUAUAAAAUGUUAGUAUUUAUGUUUUGCAGGUUUGAUAUUUAUUGUUGCAAUUCCGUAAUCACUCAAGUCGGUUAUCUUCGCCUGAAUGGUGAAAUUAUAAAAAUUUCUGUACUUGUUGAUUAUUUUUCGAUCCAGCUUUAUUAAUUAGGAUUACUCUUCGCAUAAUCUCAUGAUUGUUAAGUACUCGUGAUAUUUUUCGUGAUAUUUGUUUUUUAAUUUGACAUCAAUUACUCACAAAAAUUGUCUUCUCGCGUAUAUAUAUCGACAAUGUUUGUGUCGCGAUAAUAAUUGUGGAUUAACUGUGUGUAUCAUUUUGAGUUAAUUUGUUUGAAAUCUUUGAAAGAUAAACUUACAGUUUGCAUUACGAUAUGUAGGUGGCUGUUUCCAUGGGAAUGGUGUUUAUACGCACGAAAAAUUGCGAUUGUCUGAUGUUGUACAGCUUGAUUUUGAACACCAGAAAACAGACAUUUUGAGUUUGUAAUCUCAAAAAUUACUUGAUAAUGAUUAAAAAGCCCAGUGAAUAUAAAGUUGGUGUUAACUGAUGUUUGAUUUUUUUUUUGGUAUUAUUUAGAGGGUAUGUUAGAGUAUGUUUCACAGUUGUUAUAUAAGUGGUGUCUGUAUGUCUGUAAGUUAAGUAGCUGUUGAAUAUAGUUUGUACAUGUAAUGCUUUAUGAAACAGUGUGUGGCUCUAAGCACACAUACUUCUGAUUUUUGUAAUAGUUUUGAACUAGACUGUUGCCAUGUGAUUUUGGUGGAACACUUUCAUUGUCUAAUUUUGCAUUUUUUUCCUUUCUUACAAGGUGCUCUUCGGAAAAAGAUCUUGAAAGUUUUGUAUUUAUGGUUCUAAUUUCGAUUUUGUGUAGUUACUAGCUGAAGUAGGCAAUGGUGCAUUUUGAUAAUGAUUAUGGUGCUAGACCUUUUCGCAAUAAGAGGGCAAUGUUAUAUAGCAAUUCCAGCUCAUGAUUUUAGUCAGAAAAACGUCUAAAAAUACUCUUUGUAUAACUCUCGCCUUGGCUAUUCAAGGCUCGCUGUGGGAUUCACUCACUUUUUAUAGAACAUGUCGCAUCACAAAAUUUGCCAAUUCUCCACCCACCUGAUGAGUUUCACCGAAUACUUCUCUAAAUUCAGCCACACCGUAUUUUCUCUACUUUUACCUAUACCUGUGCCACGCCGUAUUUUCUCUACUUUUACCUAUACCUGUGCUGGGUACAGUCGUGAUUCAUGAUUUUGUUUGAUAUAAUCCUUGUACGACUCUCAAAGCCUGACUGCAUUCAUUGUAAUCUACAUGUAAUAUUUUGAUGUUUUGUCUGUAGAAUUUUUCAAACUUAUGCGAUGACAUGUUUCAUUACUUACAAUGCUGCUAUAUCUAUUUAAAUCAUUGUGUAUAAAAUCAUGUUCCAUUCUCUUCCUCUGAUAGAAAAUCAGACUUGUAUAUUCAGCUUUAAAUUUGCUCCUGAUUAUUGUCAAAAACUGUUGGCUUAAUCUGUUUUCUCAUAGUUUAAAAAUUCAUUUUUGUGUUCAUUAUAAAUGCAUGUGUAGGCUAAAUUCUACUACAUUAUAUUUGUAUUAUAAAUUUAUAUGUUGACUGCUAUUUUAAUGUCGAUGUUUUGGCCCAUAGUGAAAUUUGAAAAGAUUAAUCUGCCUGGAAAAUAAGACAGUAUACAGUUUGUGUAUAGCACAGUCAAUACUCCGAAACGUGCUGAUCAUGUCAGAAGAAAAUGCUAAUGAUUGAAAAUUGUCCCGACUCUUUGUACAGAAAUUCUUCCGUGAUCAGCAUUUUUGCUAUUAUUGUAAAUCCUCGAGAAAAAAAUCACAGGAAUACGUUAUCAAUUUUUAAAGAAUUAACAAGAGGAUAUAUUGAAUAUCAUAUAAUUUUUAUGUUUUAAGUUUGCCAUUAACAGAUAUCUGAACACUGGAUCAAAAUUACUAUGUAACUAAGAAUUCAUUUCCUGACAAUUCUUGCCUUUGAUCAAGUACAUCCUAUGUGAUAGUACAGUGAUUAGUCGUUUAUUUUCUUUAUACCUCAGACCGCGACAGAUCUACAUGUAUAUGUUUGUUCAGCAGCCAGUCCCUUUGAAAUCGAAGGGAUGUUCAGCUCCUGGGUUUUUUUUUUCUUUCUGUUUGUGUACAUUGUUGAAGUUGUGAAAAGUAAAUUUUAUAUGUACAUGUAUUAUACAAGAAUAUUAUAAACUAUUUUUUCUUUGUGGGAAUAUUCAACAAUGUCGUAUAUUUUUUCAAUGCAAUUACGAGUCAGCAUUAAACAAUCUCAGUAAAUCAAAACUCUUUAUGUAGAAAAGUAUAGCCAAACCGGAAUGUUCAUCAAACCUUCCCCUCUGCCCCAUCUCAGAUUAAUUGAAUCAUAUCUCCUUUGAAUUGUGCUAAUAAUGGAAGAAAAAAUAAGUUUUUUCCAUAUUACAGAUUUGGGAUAGAGAAAUUCCACCUCUGGGGUAAGAUGACUCUGCAGAACGUCAUCCCUGACGGAGAAUCUUGUCCCCUCGAUAGAAUUUCCCUCUCUCGUAUUCUUAGUAAGGAAGACUCGGUUUCACAAUUUUACAAUAGUCUCAGUGGUUGUCCAAAAUUUAGCUUUAUAUAGACCUCUGAGAAUUGUAUGAUAAGAAAUUUGAAAUAUAUGAUUGAAAGUUUUUGCCAAACUAUAAACUUGUACAUUUAAUCAUGGCUGCAAUAAUGUAGCCCUCUCCGAUUUUUUUUUUUUAUUCUGAUGUUUCAAAAAAAAGUCGGAGACGACUUCAUUAUUGCAGCUAAUGUAAUUGACGUGGUGUUCCGAAACAUCGAGGCGUGGGGUAUUUGAAUAUUAACCAAUGAAGUUUAAACGCAUUCUCUUACCCGAGUAUGCCCUAAAUGUAUAUUUACGUGUUACAAUUGCUAACCAUGAUUCCACUUCAUUAUUUCCCUUUGCAUGAGGACUUUUUAUGAAUGGUGCUGUCACUUUGACACGUAACUGAGUAGUGUAGGGUGUCGCUAUACAGUAACUCGUGGACACAUCCCAAUUUUUAUUGUUUUCUCCGUUGAGGUAAAAUAGAAAGGGUAAUUACCUAACAUUUGCUUAAGUUCAAGUAUCGUGAAUCAUUUUAGAUUCGUGAGGGGCCAAUUUUCAUGGAUUGUGAAGAUUUUUCAGUUUCAUCGGAAUGUAAUUUUAUGGUGUGGUUUUUGUACAUUUAAACGUAAAUAAAUUGGGUAAUUAGUUUAAGUUUGACAUUUGUGAGAUGGGGUACCUGCAAAAUCCAUGAUAAUUGAGUCCCCACGAGAUCUAAUGAUUUCACUACAAUAUAGAUAUGUGCCGUGGUGUAACAUAAUCUAGAUUUUGAAAAGAUGAAAACGUGGUCGAAUGUUUGGGUGAAAAUAUAUUUUUAUCUUCAAAUUUUGAAGAUGCUUGUGGAUAAUGGAGUGCUUUAUUAGAAGUACGGUUACAGAUUUCUGUUUCGUGUAUUUUAUUUUGAAACUUAUUUUAUUUUCGUCCUUUGGUUCCCAGUAUAUGUGUGGAGUAAAAUAGACACCGUGUGUAUUUUGAUGACGAGUGAUAUUUUACUUGAAGCUGAGUGAUUUUAUAUGUAUGUUUCCCAGUGCUGUUGAAUAUUGUAGAUAUGAUUUCAGAUAAAAUGAAUAUUGUAGAUAUGAUUUCAGAUAAAAUGAAUAUUGGGGAGUAGAUGAACUUCAAUGUGAAGUAUGAAAGCCUAUGGAGUAUUAUUUCUCAGGUUUUUUUUUCUCUCUGUAAAACCUUUCAUUGAAGUUUAUUCUGAGCUAGAUCUGUUUUUGAUUUUAAUGUAUAUAUCUCUAAAGUUCACACAAGAUGUUAUUGAAAUUUUUUUUUCUAAACAGUAUGUUUUCAUUUCCUCUAUAUAAGUUUUGGUAUGAUUUUAUAAAUAGGAAUAAGUUUUAUAGUGUAAUGAUUAUACCAUGCUUUGUAUGUCGGCCUGGUUAGCUCAGCUGUUGGACUACCUUUUUAAUACUGCAAGGGUACCGGGUUCGAUCCCCGAUUGAUCAAAAGAUUUUUUUCUCCUUUUCUCUGCUACAAUAACUUAGUCAUGUCCAAAUAUACUUUUUGUAAUACAAAAGACAUGCAUUUUUACUUGCCACAACCAGGAACUAUCAAAAUGUGAUCUCUAAAACAGACCUAGUAAUAUACCCCAAACGUUUUAUUUUGUACAGAAAAAGAUACGAAAAAUUAUAUACAUGCAUUAUUGAGAAAUGUUGCUUAUAUCCUGAAGUGUUUUGAGCAUACAAGUCUUGGAAGAUAUCAUUAGAUUUUAGGGUCCUUGUUUUUGUGUCCUCAACUUAAAACUAGACCUCAAAAUUCUAGGCUUUAUUUGAUAGACUUCAUACUUUUUAUCAAAAGAAAAGUUCAAAGCUGACUUAUAGGCCGAGGCUCAGUAUUCUACCAUGAUAACGUUUAAGUACUCAAUAUUCAUACUGCAUAUUUAGCCAAGUGAAAAGUCGAGGUCAAAUUUAUUUUGGUACAUUGUUGAAAUGUCAGAGUCAGAAGUCAGUAUUUUACCUUCAAGGUCCUUGAGAGUAAAUUUUAAACUGUACAAGACAGAAAAUUCAUGAACUUUUUUGUUGCAUUCUUUCUUUUUUUUUUAAUAGGUUUGUCUGGAUCACUGAUUAAAAAAAAAGGGGGGGUGUCAAUCUUUCAACAACAAAAAACUUGGCCAUGCUGAGGACAUUAGCAGUGUUUUACUGUAUGCGCAUGUAAUUAGGAAUCCAUACUGGGAACAUUUAGGAGUCACAGGGGAGAAAGACUCGAUUCUUGUCAGGACUGUCUUCACCAUGUUUACUUAUUUAUUUUAUUCUUAUACAGGAUUAUUACAGGUUUCCUUUACAGAGAGAGAGAGAGAACUAUGGUUUAACAAAGUUUGUGUUAUGUUGUCCAAUGUAUGCUAAAUGAAUAUAUUUUGUUUUUAAAAGCAUUGUUGCAUAUCAAUAAAAAAAUCAGUUAAAA